AUGGCGCUUCCCAAGCCCUAUGAUCAAUACGUGCUCACGGGAAAAUCCCGCGCGGCGUGGCACACCUCCUUUGUCAUCCCCCAGCUCAAUCUCCUCCUCGAUGCCGGGCUCUGUGUGAACAAGCUCCGGCCAAAGCACGUCUUCCUCACCCACGGCCACAACGACCACACCUUGCUCGCACCCGCCUUUGUAAAGCGCGAGGACCCGCCCGACAUCUACUGUCCCGCGGAAGUCCGCACGGUAUUCGACCAGUUCAUCCUCUCCAAUUCCAUCCUCAAUCUCGGCGGCCUCGUCGGGCCCCAUGAGUCUCCCGGCGGGCAAGGAGCCGUGUCGGACGGCGCAGGCCAGGAACCCGCGAGCUCCCCGCCUAGGGACCCGAGCCAAUCUCCCUCCGUCGCCCACAAGCUCAAGCCGGAAUACACGUCCUUGCCGGGCCAACAGCUCAAAGCCCUGCGCGAAUCCGGGGUCGAAAUCACGGCGCCGCAAUCGACGCCGUUCCUGGCCUUCAUGGGCGAUACCACGGCGGAGACCCUUGCCGCCGAGCCCGAGUGGCUUCGCGAGGGCAUCCCGGUUGUGAUUACUGAGUGUAGUUUCCUGUAUCCGGAGCACCGGUCCCAGGCUGUCAAGACGAAACACACCCUAUGGAGCGAUUUGGAGAAGGUGAUCCGCAAGUGGCCCAAGACAACCUUUGUUCUGAUGCACUUUAGUCUACGAUAUAAGGAUAAGGAUGUCCGACGCUUCUUUAAGGAGAUGAUAGACCCGCCCACCAAUAUUGUGAUAUGGGUGGACGGCGAAGAUCAACCGGACGGGUUCGAUGAUGAUUAG